ACUCUCGGCUCGCCGUGCCACUCUCGGCUCGCCGUGCCACACUCGGUGCAGUUCAGAAAUAAAACGCACUCGGCGCAGUGCAGUGUCGGAGGGCGGACCGUCAUCAGCAUCAUGAGCAGCAGCAGUUCCUGCUACACCCACAACCGGUACUGCCGGUUCGCUUUCGUUUCACGUCCCCCACUCACACGGGCAUCAGCUGAUCUGGCUUAACCCAACCACACCCCCACACCCACCACGACCACCACGUUCACCAUUCCCCCCCACCAACACACACACCACUCUCUUCUCCGUCACUCAUCAUCACCCACGAUCAUCCACCACCACCCCCACCCCAGGCACCCGACUCCACGCCCUUCUUAUUCCAUCUCCGCACUCACUCCUCUUUUCGCCUGCCACCACCACCACCACGAUCGGGUGAAAACUUCUUGUCCGCUGCCCCCGAUAGCCAGCCGGUCGUCUUCUCAUCAUUCUACUUCUUCUUAUCGUUGCUGGAGGGCGGCUCUGAGUUUUGAACACCAGCCAACAACAAGACGCAACAAUAACUUGAAGGCGGUGGACCGUGUGAGAUUCCCGGCCGUGUGUGUGUUUGUGUGUAGGGCCCACCACCACAACCACCGAAAUAGCAUCUCUAGCAACAUCGUCGACGCAAGCUCACGGCGGUCGAUUUGGUUUGUGCGGUGGGAGCUGGACGAGACGAGCACCGCGUAUACGUAACGUCGACUCCAAACCAAACCAAACAAAAAAAAGCCAAAACAGAUCGCGACAUCAAACAGAGCACGCGCCCGCGGGGACAGGAAACGCAAACAUAAAAAGAGAAGCAUGCGCUGUGCGAGUCGGUAGGACAUGGCUACAGACAAGAAGGAGUAUCUGUUCAAGGUGCUGGUGAUCGGAGAGCUUGGCGUUGGGAAAACGAGCAUUAUCAAGCGAUACGUGCACCAGCUGUUCUCGCACAACUACCGCGCCACCAUCGGCGUCGACUUCGCCCUCAAAGUCCUCACCUGGGACGCCGACACCCUGGUUCGACUCCAGCUAUGGGACAUUGCCGGCACGGGCGCAGGCCAGGAGCGGUUCGGCAACAUGACGCGGGUCUACUACAAGGAGGCGGUGGGUGCCUUCGUGGUGUUCGACGUGACGCGCAGCUCCACGUUCGAGGCCGUGGCCAAGUGGAAGAGCGACCUCGACGCCAAGGUGAUGCUGAGUAACGGCGGCCCCAUCCCCGCCGUGCUGCUCGCCAACAAGAGCGACCAGGCGCCCGACGGCGCCAGCGCGCCGCAGCUCGACGCGUUCUGCAAGGAGCACGGCUUCACCGGCUGGUUCCACACCUCCGCCAAGGAGAACAAGAACAUCGACGAGGCGGCACGCUUCCUCGUGGGCCACGUGCUCAGCAACGAGCACCUGCUGGGCACGGAGCGCGAUGACACGGACACGGUGUCGCUCGAGGGCAGCAGCAGCGACGCGCUGGGGGCCGGGGGGGGGCAGCGGGCGGCUCAACCGCAGCGGGAAAACCUCGUCGUGCUGCUAGGGGCGCCGCCCGCCACGCCGCCACAGCCACCACACCGACGCCGCCGUCGCCGCCACCACCACCACACCGGGGGCUGGCCGGCGAACGAGCGAGGAGGCGAGAGGAGGCGAAGGGCGAGCGGUCGAGCGAAUGAGCGAUUGAGCCAGCCAACAAAUCGAGCUGAUAUUGCAGACGUGUGAUUUAAAGCGGAUCGAGCGAGCCGGCGAGACCAGUGGGCGAGGUAGAGGAGCAGACCAGUGAGCCAGCGGACGAGCAGACCCCGAGGAGGGAGCGGACCGGCGAGCGAGCGGAUGAGCAGCUCGAGCUAAGUCAAGGUCAGCAGGCAGCCAAGUGACCAAACGGAGCACGCGGGCGAACCAGGAGCCGGAGCCAGCCCGCAGAGAGGUGAACGAGCCAGCCGUAUAGAACUCGCGGAGCGACCCGAGAUGGCACGCGGGAGGGGGAGGGGGGGGCAGCUUUUGAGAGUCAUGGAGACGACAACAGUGUGGGGGGGGGCAGAGGUUUAUGGUCGCCCACUCACUCACUCACUCUACUCUUCGCCCACUCACCCAUUUUGCCUGCUUGCCCAUUCACUCUACCACUCGCCCGCUUGCCCAACCACUCGCGCGCUUGCCCUGCUAGUGCUCGUGUCAUUUAUUCGUGAUGAAUUGAGAGGUGUCCUGGAGGAAUCCCGAUAAGCCACAACACUCGAUCUCAUCGCCCAGCAAAUUUCCCGGGCGGUGCCGUUUCGCCGGCACUUGCUGGGCGUGAGCAGAGUUUAAGCGGACGAUGAAAGCGAAUUCACGAAUUGUAAAUCGUACAACCGUCUGCAGAGAGAUUUUCUUAUUUAAACCAUCGAUUAUCCCAGCAUUGCGUGGGCUAGCUUAGCGACGGAUACACAAGCGUGCUUUAGAUUUUUUGUGGGUUAUUGUGGAGUUUUAGUCGGCACCACCGUCGACCGAAUUCGCCGCGAUUGGCCGACCGAUUUAGAGGUGGCGAUCGCAUGCCCCCCCCCCCCACCUACCGCCUCCGCCCCCCCACCCAGGAGGGAUCUUGGGUAAUCUUUUUUUUUUCCUCCCAGGGUAACUCCGCUCCAUCGUGUGAACUAUGGGAGCGGAGGAGGUACCCUGUGGGGAAAACCCUCUAUAACCGCAAGCAUUGAAUCUGCCCUGAAGGCAUCUGCAUCAUCUGCAUCAUCAGCAGCAGCCAGUGUUGUUGUUUUUUUAGCGGGAAAAGUUCAACGGUUGGGGAAGCGCGAGCUUCGAAUGAAGUGUCGAGCAAAUCUGUGACGACGACAACAACAACAACAACGACAACAGUGGUCAAACGUAAACGGUAACAAAAAAAUGCAUCUUUACAAAACAACGCGAGGUGUGUGUGUGUGUGUGUCGCCAUUUUAACCCGCGGAACGUUGUGGUCAAAGCGCGUGCCAAUGUGGGCGGGACCCCCCUGACGACGACGCGAGUUUUGCUCGGGGCUUGCGGUCAUCGUGCUGUUCCAGGAUACUUUCCCCGGGGGGGAGGGGGAGGGGGGCAGAGAGGGGACCAUUCGCGAUUGGACGAGAUGUUAGGACUUUGGCUCUGCGAUUUUGGAUCACUCGUACGUUGGGUGAAUCUCUUUUUGUGUCGGUUCGUCCUGUUGCUUUGCCACGUCGCGGUGAACGGCAAGCGGCCGCAAGCGUGUCGCUUGCGCGCGGAUGACGCACUCGCGCAAACGGCUACCACGACAAUAACCCGUGAUCGAGCAUCUUCGCCUCUACGCUGUUGCGCGUCGCGAGCGGUUUUUUGAGUCUCGGCGACGGUAAGCAAUAUUAUUCCGGAGCUCGGCACAAGGACGACUCCGGUUGAAAUAUCUCUUCGCCCCCACACCACCACCACCACCGCCACCUCUUCCGCUAUGGAGACGUUCUUCAUCUGUCCUGGGUUGUUUGUUCUGUUGCUCUCUUCGAGGUCGGACACCCUAGGCUCUGGGUGGCGAGAGGUUGUGUCGUCUCUGGGCUGAUCGAUUAUUUUUGUUUUGUACAGCUGCUCGGCUGGCUCGGGGUUGGGGAUCGUCGGCGUAAGGCACUGCCACUGGGGUACAAGGCACGCACACGCCCAUCGUAUGCGAAUACUCUUUCAUUGUACCCCUGUGUUGCAAUGUAGGGCACGGUAAUUGUGUGAAAUAUAGGCGGGUGGUUUGGCGGUCAUAGAAUGAGAGGUCACGAGUUCAAAUCCUGGUUGGCGGGGUGGGGGAGGAAUGGAGGUGUGGGGGGCAAUGGUGGUGGUGGGGGGGGGGAUGGACUCGGGGAGGGGGGGGGACGCUGGGGGGAGCCUCUGACGCCGUCCAUCUCUGCAGAAGCGAUACAAUGAGAGCCACUUUGUGGGGAGAUCGCUCAACGACGGUUCCCUUAUAUGGAUGGAUUCGCCCCUGUCAUAGGAACGUGGGAAUCCCACCCCCAGAUACUCUUUCGAACAGGGAAUCGCGCCGACUCUAAACCUGUUGGUAUACCGAUAGCUCGUGUCUGUUGUCCAAUCCACGCGUUCACCCCAACCCCCCUCUCUCUCUCUCUCUGGCUCUCGGGUGUCAUUCCCAGCGCGCGUCCCUGUUGCAUCACACCACCUGUCGCUCGCGGUGCGUGCGUGUGUCUGGGUGGGCUGCUGUGAUGGUUAAUGCACUGGAACUUGCAAUCCAGAAGUCGUCGAUUCGAUUAGACCGCCUACUGCCUCCCUUCUCACUCCCCCUGAAGCUCCCCCCCCUCCUCCUCAUCCCCCCUCCCUCUCUCCUCCUCCUGCCUCUUCCUCCUUAAGCCUCCGCCGUCUCCUUCCUCCUCAACCCCCUCCCUCCUCAACCCCCUCCCUCCUCAACCCCCUCCCUCCUAUCCCCCCCCCAUCUCCCUCUGUGCACCCAGCAAUAUAAAUAGUUGCGCCACAGUUAAGUCGACGAGUGGGGGUGGGGUAACGCGUUGUGGGGUAACGCGUGGUGGGGUAAUGUGUGGGUACUGAAGCCAGCCAGGGGUUCACUUGCCAUGGAAUGUUUUUGGUUUGUUUGAAUCUCGGCACCGGACAGCUCCUAGCUGAAACGAAGGCUGCUCCCCCACCCCUCACCUUCAACCAAUACGUCUGGGACACAGUGUGGAAGAGGAGACCAAAACACCCCCCCCCCCCCACCCUCCUAAAAGGUGUCUCUCUCUCUCUGUCCGUGCGAAGGCCCCUUCCACCAGCAGUGGCGUGAGUGAGCCAUUGCAGGGCCGCGCCCGUAUCUUUUUAAACCAUUUAAAUAAGUAAAUGUAGACGUUGAUAAGGGUUCGCAAACUCACCACGGUACACGUUUGCCCACGUCCGUUAGCAAUUCGGGUGAGUUACGAGCUGCACGCGCCCGAUGAUAAGUAAACCAGUAAACACGUGGUCCCACGUGAUGUGCGGAGGGAGAAUUUAAAUAUUAAUAUAGUGAUGUGUGUGUGUGUGUCACGUGUGCAUGGGUGGAGCGGUGGCGGAGUGGUCGGCGCACUACUGCUCACCCGACCACAGGCCUGGGUUCGACUUCCCUGAAAUGGCCAGCCCACAUCGGCGUCGACUAUUUAAAACUAUCCUGGGCUACUUCUCUCGGUCGAUUCCGGCAGAGACGAGUACCAUCUGCGCGAUGCGUAACACAUGGGCAUCGGGGAGACGAAGGCGGUCGGGCGUGGUGUCCGCCUCCAUAGGUACUCGCCAACGGCAUCUUCCCCAUCAGACGAAACGAGUGAUCUUUGUCACGCGUGAUGUACACACAAAAGCAAAGAUUCCCCGUAUAGCCUUGUAACAGACUUUGGGAAAGUGCUGUUCGCGAGCACCUACGAAGGCUGGGACGGUACGCGUUUGUUUCUCUAGUGGCGAUGUUUGCACACCACCAGCUACUCAUUUGAGGCCGAGUCAAUCUAUGGGAGUCCCAGGACCAGUUCAGAUAAUUGCUGUCGCUUAAGUGUUCGCCAUGAGCGGGGAUCAAACUCGGGUCGCCGGGUUCGUAGCGCAGCGCGCUCACCGCAACACUACCGCUCCCCCCAACACGAAAUGUACACAAACAGAGCAAACACACACGAGAUCUCUCACUGAAUCCACGUCGGCGAGAGGGGCUGUAGUUUCGCCAUCAUCAAGCUCGCGCAGCGUGGUGUAAACCACUCUGUGUGUGCCUCGGAACGGAGAAGACCCUUCAUGGAAUUGGAGCCAACGCGCUCCCCCUGCCUUUCCCCCCGACUUUUCCCCCGCCUUGAGGCUGCUGUUUAGCAAAUCCAUCGGGUGCGUGCAGCGUGUGAAUGCUCGAUGUUUCGACCAGGGUGGCUCGCGAGGUCUGAAGUAUUCACAAUCACCCCUCCACCCACCCCGAUCUGUGUAAUUCCCCCAACACUGAACCCCUCGCACCACGUUAACCAACCCGAUCUCCACCGUUCUCAAUACCACUUGUGUGGCCUUAAUAGCGAAACUCUAUAAUUGGUGUUCGGUUCGGGCAAUGACCCUUGAUAGCACGCAACCAACUUUUUUUUAUCAAUCAUCAGGCUCGUGCAGCGUUGUCAACUUGUCAAUGGGCCCUUCUUCGUAGCACGUAAUAUAUAUUUUAACGUGCUCUGAAGAAGGGCUAUUGCCUGGAACGUCGCCUAUUCCUUUUUUUUUAGGCCACACGCAGCGCUAUCGGCGAGUGUGUGUUUGUGGACUGCGUUGCGGUGCACCACUGGCGGCUGCUUUGUUCGGGUGUUUACGGUCGUCGCGAUCACGAGACGGGGAAAAUAAAUAAAAACUAAACAACGUGCAAGCUCUA